UGCUGCAGUCAGUCAGCCUGUCAGCGCACCUCAAUGAAGUCAGUCAGUCAGUCAAUUCCGAAUGUGCACCAAUUGUGGCAAACGUACUUUUAGUGCAACACACGCUUGCGCAGUGUAAUAGACAGUCUGCAAAGUCAGUCAGCGAACCGUUGAAGCGGCGAGUCAGUAGUGAGCUUGUCACGUAUUGAAUUCGUAUGCGACGCUCCCAGCACCCAGCAGGCACCCAAGUGAACCGAGUGAAUAUUUGUAAACAAGUAAUAAAUUUCUAUAUAAACUGUCGAGACAACUGAAUAGUGAGUGAAAGAUACAAAUCGCACACUUCAACAUCGACAACGCAGCGGUAAAUUGACAGUUUUACGAGGGAGGCGCGAACAAAGAGGAGGGCAGCCGUUUAAAAAAAAAAAAACAUUCGAGCAUUGAUGAAGCGCAGCUGCUUUGUGUGGCGGCAAGCAGAGUGGAGAACAGCCUACAGUAAUUUCGAGUGUAAAUAAAGCCGCUGAUUCAAUUCAAGCGCGUAACAAGCCCCAGCCAACGCGUAUCCGCGUUCAAACGCACUGCCACGCCCAUACGCGCAUACGCCCAUACGCCCACCCGCAGACUUUACAAUACAAACAUUUGUGCGACGUUGGCCUCCCGCUGAUUCGGCGCACAGUUGUAGCGCUUAGCGCGGAGAAGGCGUAGUGGAUAUUUGCUGCCAGCUGUAACAAAAACAAAAAGUUGCAAAAACAACAUAAAGAACUAUACACACCAGACUACAGUGAAUAGAACGUCAAUCGUCAUCAGCCCCAACCUCAGCUUCAGGGGAAGAAGCUCGCUCUUGUUGUUGUCUCACCACUGGAGCGACAUAAAUCCAAUGGAAAAUGGUGUUCUAUCACAGCAACAACAACAACAACAACAGCUACAGCAGAAGCAACAGUGGCGGCGACGAGCUCAACAACAGCGCACAUAGUUCGCUGGCAUCGGCGUCGGCGCUAACGUCAAAGCAACGCAGCAGCAGUUAUAAGAAGUAUCGACGCGCGAAACAGCUCCAAACUAGCAGCGUGUUCUGUGGCAAUGAUAGUUCUAAUGCCACAUUUUCGCUCGCCGCAUCCGCACUGCCACCAGACACAGUGGCAACAGCGACGCCCAAUGAGAACGCGCGCACGCCAACGCGCAACAAUCGCACGCAAGCAGGCGCGUCAUUGUCGUCAUCAUCCGUCUGUACUGCGUUGAGCGCCGGCUUUAGCACCUGCAGCGCGCUCAGUUUGUCGCUGAGCAUCCUGCUGCUCUUGCGGUUAGCGCCCACUGUCAGCGGCCUCGCAGUCGGCGUUGACACCACCAAUGCGAACAUCACGGAUUUGGGUAGUCCCGGUGGGUAUUCAAAAUAAUGUUCAAUUAAAACCAUUUAUUGCAGAAAUUUUUAUGAAAUUAAUCUAUGUAUUAGUACGUAUUUUAAUAUCUAACACCUUUUAAACUUGUAUCUACCUUCCAUGUUUUUGAAACUGCUGCUGUUGUCGCCUAUUGUAUAAAUUUCAAUGAGAUUUGUCAAUAUUUCGUUAAAUGCUCUAAAGCCCGAAGCAGCUCGGCCUGAAAGACAGUGGAUGAUCUGCCCGCUGCAUUGUUGGGUCCAAAAACACCUAUUCUGUUUUCCAUCCUUGACCUGUCUGUGUAACGAUAUAUAUCUGAGACUAAGGCCAAGAAGUCGUCCGCAAGUCCACAGGGCUCGGGAGGAAAUGCAAAAAGUUUUGUUUUGAUGGGAAAUUGACUUUGUCACAAUAUUCAAUCAAUGUGCCUCCAAAGGUAACCGCACCAAGAUUCUGCUCAUAUCUCCUGAUUAACGGUAUAAAAGCAGUACCCCAGUGGGUACACCCGUUUAAUACCGCCCUCUAAGUAUUACUGCCGCGUUUUCCUUUA